GAUUUACAAGGAGGAGGUGGGAGAGAAGACAGCGACAACCUUCGUAUUCUAUGCUGUCGACCUUCGAACUCUAGUUAAUAGCGGCAAUAGACCGACCUACUGUUUCAGAUUAACUGCGCCUUCAACUUUGCCCACUUGACCCACUUGAUCGCGCCUCCGCCUUCGCCCUCAGUUGCUACCAGCCGAUCACCCUGCUCACCAAAUCUGUCAGUAUCCCCUGCAUCUGUUUCAGAUUUUUGACAAGCAAAGAUGACUCAGCCUUCAGUAAUCCUUGCAACAUCCAGUUAUGAUCAUACAAUUCGUUUUUGGGAAGCAAAAAGUGGGCGCUGUUAUCGUACUAUCCAAUAUCCUGAUUCUCAAGUAAACCGGCUUGAAAUAACCCCUGACAAGAGAUACAUAGCUGCUGCUUGUAAUCCCCACAUUCGGUUGUUUGAUGUUAAUUCAACCAGUCCUCAGGCGGUGAUGAGCUAUGAUUCACAUACUAGCAACGUUAUGGCAGUUGGGUUUCAGUGUGAGGGAAAGUGGAUGUAUUCAGGUUCUGAAGAUGGUACUGUAAAGAUAUGGGACUUAAGGGCUCCAGGUUGUCAAAGAGAAUAUGAAAGUCGGGCUGCUGUCAACACUGUUGUUUUACAUCCAAAUCAGACAGAACUUAUAUCAGGGGAUCAAAAUGGCAAUAUUCGUGUUUGGGACUUGACUGCAAAUUCUUGCAGCUGUGAGUUGGUUCCAGAGGUUGAUACAGCUGUUAGGUCUCUGACAGUGAUGUUUGAUGGAUCUUUGGUUGUUGCUGCAAAUAACCGUGGAACAUGUUACGUUUGGCGCCUGCUGCAAGGGACACAGACUAUGACCAACUUUGAGCCACUUCACAAACUACAGGCACAUGACGGAUACAUUUUAAAAUGUCUUCUCUCUCCUGAGUUUUCCGAGCCUAACAGGUAUCUCGCCACAGCCUCAUCGGAUCAUACAGUUAAGAUAUGGAAUGUGGAUGGCUUUACUUUAGAGAAAACUCUUGUAGGACAUACUCGCUGGGUAUGGGAUUGUGUCUUCUCUGUAGACGGUGCUUUCCUUAUAACAGCUUCUUCGGACACAACUGCUCGACUAUGGUCGAUGUCGACUGGUGAAGACAUAAGAGUGUAUCAGGGGCAUCAUAAAGCAGCUGUUUGCUGUGCCCUUCACGAUGGAGCCGAGCCAUCUUCAGGCUGAUUCAUUCAUUGAGUCAUUGAUUAUGGGAGGAUGGAAAAAAAAUUAUUGGCUUUUAUAUUCUCUACAAUGAUUGCUUCUUGGGACUUCCAACUUUAUCCUUCUGGUAGAUUGCAUCAUCUUUGGCUGUAAAUAUCUCUUCUGCUUUAGUGUUCGACAUAAAUUAGGGUUUCAGUUGUUUGGUUAUGCUGGAUUUCAUCGUACAUACAUGCCUUUGUUUUACGCUUUUGGAAGAGAAUUGGUUUAGUCAUCUGAUGUUCUAUAUUUGAAGAAUAUUGUUAAGACACAUGUUUAGACUUUUAUGCAUUUGUUUAGACAA